AUGGAGGAGAUGGCCAGAGAGAGCAUCUGCCUGUUGGCAAAGCCUGGUCUAGAAUGUGGGACCCCUAAUUUGUCAUCUGUGGGGGCCAUCUUCAUCAUGUUAAAGUCAGCCUUGGGAGCGGGACUCUUGAACUUUCCUUGGGCGUUUAACAAAGCAGGUGGCACACACGUGGCUAUCACUGUGGAAAUGUGCUCCCUUGUCUUCCUGAUCAGUGGGCUGGUCAUCUUGGGUUAUGCCUCAUCGCUCAGCAGUCAAUGCACUUACCAGGGUGUGGUGAAGGAUAUUUGUGGGCCAGCUAUUGGGAAACUCUGUGUAGUCUGCUUUUUAUUUAAUCUCUUUAUGAUUUCGGUGGCCUUCCUUCGAGUGGUGGAGGAUCAGCUGGAGAAAUUGUGUGACUCUGUUAAUAUAAAUGAAACGCUUCAUGUGAUGGGUGAUCAUGCUCAACCGUGGUACAUAGAUCAUCGCUUCAUCAUGACCAUCAUUUGUGUGGUAGUCAUCUUCCCGCUAUCUUUCCCAAAAGAGAUUGGCUUCCAGAAAUACACCAGUAUUUUGGGCACCUUGGCUGCCUGUUACCUGACGGUGGUAAUCAUUAUUAAAUACUAUUUAAUGGAACACCCCAUUGCCCACAAACGUGAGUUUUCUCCGAGUACAUCCUCGUGGGCUUCCAUAUUCGGUGUGUUUCCCACCAUCUGCUUUGGCUUUCAGUGUCAUGAAGCCUGUAUCACCAUCUACUGCAGCAUGAAGAACAAGAGUCUGUCUAAUUGGAUUAUGGUAUCUGUAUUCUCCAUGCUUAUCUGUCUGCUCAUCUACUCGCUCACAGGUCUCUAUGGAUUCCUCACAUUUGGAGAACUUGUAGCUGCUGAUAUCCUGGUGUCUUAUCCUGGUGACGACGUGAUUGUUAUAAUUGCCAGAGUUCUAUUUGGUGUCUCUAUCAUUACCAUCUACCCAAUUGUUCUGCUGCUAGGGAGGUCAGUCCUGCAAGAUGUCUGGUUAGACCGCAAGGGUUAUUCCAUGCAUGUGACAGAGUCUUAUGAACGUUUUAUGCGUCUCACGCUCACAGUUCUCUGGAUCUUGGUGACAUUGAUAAUCGCCAUGUUCGUCCCAGAUAUCAGUGAGGUGAUCUCGAUCAUCGGGGGAAUUAGUGCCUUCUUCAUUUUCAUUUUCCCAGGGCUGUGCCUGAUAUGUGCUAUGCAACUACAGUCAAUAGAGCGAAGGAAGAAAUACUGUCUGGUUGCCUGGGGCAUUGUUUCAGUACUCUGCGGGGCCUUCAUCUUUGGUCAAAGCACAACAACUGCAGUCAUGGAAUUACUUAAGUUAUAAGAUGUGGUGAAUUUGGUGAA